AGGAGGCUUUAGUGGCCAAGGGUGUUGAUUUUGCUGGAAGACCCCAAGACCUGCUUGUCAAUGACUCCACCCAGAGGAAAGGAGUGAUUCUGGCAGAUUACGGUUCUAGUUGGAAGGAUCAACGUCGCUUUGCACUGAUGAACUUUGGUAUGGGGAAGGAUUCAAUGGAGGAGAGGAUUCAUGGAGAGAUACAAUACACCCUUGACACGCUGGAGAACAGCAUUGGCAAAACCUUCAGUCCGCAAAUUAUGUUUCAUAAUGCGGCCUCCAACAUCAUCUGCCAGGUUCUGUUUGGAAAACGCUUCGAGUAUGACGAUGAGGUCAUCAAAGUGGUUGUUCAGUGCUUUACUGAGAAUGCCAAGAUAGCCAAUGGACCAUGGGCUAUGAUUUAUGACUCUUUUCCCAUGAUUCGAAGCCUGUCGCUGCCCUUCAGAAAGGCCUUUAAGAAUGUUGAGACUUGUCAGAAAAUUGCGAUUUCUUUGAUGAAUGAGCACAAGCAGACGAGAGUCCCUGGAGAGCCACGAGACUUUGUUGACUGUUAUCUGGAUUGGCUGGAUAAGGAAGGUGAUGCUAGUUCUUCCUUUUCAGAAGCACAGCUGACUAUGUACGUCCUAGAUCUUCACUUUGCUGGGACUGACACUACUUCCAACACCCUGCUUACUGCUUUCCUCUACCUUACGAACUACCCACACGUACAAGAGCGUUGUCAGCAGGAGAUAGACGAGGUGUGGGAGGGGAAGGAUCAGGCCAGUUUUGAGGCCCGAAACAACAUGCCUUACGUGCAUGCUGUGAUCCAUGAAGUGCAGAGGGUAGCCAACACUGUUCCACUCAGCGUCUUCCACUGUACGACUAAAGACACAGAGCUCAUGGGAUAUUCCAUCCCCAAGGGUACGCUGAUCAUCCCUAACCUGGGCUCAGUGCUGAAUGAGGAGGGACAAUGGAAAUCCCCAAAUGAAUUCAACCCUGAAAACUUCCUCAAUGACCAGGGAGAGUUUGUCAAACCAGAGGCCUUCAUGCCUUUCUCUGCAGCUGGCCAAGCGCUAUGGUAACAUCUACAGCCUUUUCUUCGGUCCCAGGCCUGCGGUCGUCAUCAAUGGGCUGCAGGCUUUGAAAGAAGCCCUGGUCAACAAAGC